UCAAGUGGCCUGCCGUUGGCAUUAAGAAAAUUCGCAGAAGCAGUCAAAAUUUUUGGUUUAUUUACAAGAUAGAUAAAUUACCGUAGUAUGUGUUCACCUCAGAAAGUGGUCAUACCGAAAGGUCUAGUGAACCCUCGGGAGACUACUAUCAUCGAGAUUCCUAGGAAUUUGCAGAAUGUUGGAACAGUGGUGGCACGACCUAGACCGGUCUGCUACAGUCCGAGCAUGGACCAACCGGCCACCCCGAAGAUGACCAAGAAAAGGACGUACACUAGAAAAACGUACCCGCCGAGGAGGGCGCCCGGAUACGGCGGUCUAGACGAUGCGGGUCUGACCUUCGCUGGAAUUCCCAACGACGAGAGUUACCAAGCUUCACCGGUCUUCAAGCCUUGGUACCCUAUAUCCCCGCGGGAUCGAUAUGGCGAAAUUUCCAAGGGGGAUGUCUCGUACGCUGUGUGCCAACCCGGCAAAGCUGGUUUCGACCCUCCGUUAACCUCGUCGACAUUCCGAGAGAUAGACGACCCUAGGGAAACCUCUUUGUACAGAGACUUCAGACCCGGUGGAAGGUCGUCGCGCCCUACUUCCCCAGCCAGGACUCCCGAUUCCCUGAAGCACUGGCAUUCCAGUUUGGGCACCGUCAGCCCGGACCCACAAUCCGCCUACUAUGAGAGCUUCUCCAUGGACGAGUCGCCGUGCGAAGACAGAGCGGAGACCAGUCAAGAGCAAUCUUACUACGACAGCUCCGGCGACGCCAACGUGGAGUACGGCAGCGGCUGCGAGGAAGGCGACAGCUCCGGCGGUGCCUACAGAAAAUUCGAUUCUUCGGGAGAGCUUUCGCCCGGUGGGUGUGCCGAGAGCUGUCCAGCGUCCCCCAAGAACAUUUCUCAGCGCGAUGUCAUGAACUCGCUGGGAAAUCUCGAAGCCAACGAGCUCAGCCAGAUCAUGACCGACCUCAACCAGUUCCAGAGCGCCAGAAGGCGGCUAGUUUUCGACGCCUCUAGCUUAGCAAGUGCGGCCGAUGUUUCGUCCAACUUGUUAAACUCGAGUUAA